AUGGGGAACAAGGCGAGCAAGCGGAGAGAUGAGCGGACACUGGCUCACCUCACUGAGGUGGUGCAAGAGCUGAACGAUGACCUUGCCUUUGGGGCCUACCAGAAGGAGAUCUUUGAUCGAAUUCAAGGGCUGGCGCUCCGCAUUGAGAAGAUGGAAAGGACGGUGGAUGACCUGUCGACGAUGAUCAAGGCGCGCGGCUCGUUCCGCCGGCAUCGCAAGCUGAGCUUCCGUGCGGCGUCGCUGCGCAAGUCGCAGAAGGACGGCAGUGGGGACGACACGCCGUCUCGGCGAUCCAGCUCCAGCUCCCUUGCGGCAGGGCUGCCGCCACUGUCAUCGAUCCCAAGCAAAGGUCCCCCUGCGACAGUUGCAGGUGUCACUACACCACAGCAGCAGCAACCGCAGCAGCAGCAAGGCGACCUGAUCCAGCCUGCUACUCAGCCGCCGCCACUACCACGCGCUGGCAGCGUUCAGGAGUAUGUGCUUUCGAUCGUGGAUGAUACAGCACAGGCUGCGGGUGCGCAUUCGCGUCGCAAUGUGCCCGAGUUUGUGGAGCCAGACGAUGUGCAGUCCACGUCUUUGGCGGCCAAGGACAGCAGAACAGAAGCACAAGCGACAGGCAGUGUGUCGUUUGUCGCCGACUUUUCUGACGAUGGUGAGGAGAGGACAGAGAUGCAAGAGCCAGCAUCAUCAUCAACACAACACACAGCAGCCGCGGCCGCGCAAGUGAAGGCGGUGGAUGAAUACCUGGAGGUGACAGGUGCCGUUGGCGGCGAAACAGAACAGCAGCAGCAGCAGCAGCAGCAGCAGCAGGAGGAGGAGGGGCCAACAGCAACAACAACAGCAACAGGUACAAGAAGACGGGGCUCUGACAACAAUGCACUUGCGAAUGGAGACAGAGGAAGCGACGCGCUCUCCCCAGCUACCACCGCACCCAGUGGGGGCAGCAGCCGCGAUGGUGGUGAUGAUGGUGGUGCUGGGAACGACGAUGACGCGAAACCAAAGCGCAGCGUGCGGCGACACAAGCGGCCAAGCACGCACAGCAACCUGGGCCAUAGCGCAGGCAGCGAGGGGCUGUCUGAUCUGGUGUUUGAAGGCGCAGCCGUGGUGCCCAGUGGCGCUGACGAGGGCCCCAACGAGAUUGACUUGCUGCUCGGGCUGAAGCCCGCGAAGAAGCGAAGCUCACGGCGCAGGAGGAAGAAGAGCGCGUCAUCAUCAUCGUCGUCGUCGUCAUCAAAGACGAAGGCAAAGGCGAAGGCGAAGUGA